AUGGCCGUGCCGCCGGCGCCGAGGCCGCACCGGAAGCGCAAGACGCCGGACCGCUGGUGGCGCAUCAGCGACGAGAAGAUCCGCGAGGCCAAGACGGGCGAGGUCCUCGGCAUGCAGAGGGAGGUGUACCUCCUCUUCUACGAGCUCGACAAGGACGAUGACGGCGGCGGUGACGGCGGCGGCGGCGGGGAUGCGUGUUAG